CGCAUAGUAAGCACAGGAGUUUCUACUGUGAUAGAUGCGAUUUUUGUUCUUGUUGAGUGUGCUAAUUUGUUAACCCAUAAAUUCACCCACCAAGAAGUUACUUUUAAUUUUCUAGUGCUACACCUUGAGCCUUAAAUGUAGGUCCUGUUCCUGAUUUUCUCAUUCGUGAGCAAGAGAUAUAUUCAAAAUGAAUCGCGGACAAGUCACUCUGAUGGGAUCCACUAUCUGUGUGAUGCUCACAAUGCAUUUUACAGUACAGCUUCUAUCACAUCAUCUAUUCCACUGGAAGAACCCAAAGGAGCAAAAGGCCAUACUAAUUAUCAUCCUUAUGGCUCCCAUAUAUGCUAUUGACUCCUUCGUUGGUUUGAUAGAUUUUCAGGGGAGCAAAGCAUUUUUUAUGUUCUUGGAAUCUGUUAAGGAAUGUUAUGAGGCUUUGGUGAUGGCUAAGUUCUUGGCUUUGAUGUACACUUACUUGAACAUAUCCAUAAGCAAAAACAUAGUGCCUGAUGAAAUCAAAGGAAGAAAGAUUCACCAUUCAUUUCCAAUGACUCUCUUCCAGCCUCGUACUGCCCAUUUGAACCAUCAUACGUUAAAGCUUCUCAAGUACUGGACAUGGCAGUUCGUUGUGAUCCGCCCUGUGUGCUCCGUCUUGAUGAUAGCUCUUCAACUUCUUGGAAUAUAUCCCAGUUGGGUCAGCUGGACAUUCACCAUCAUUUUGAACGUCUCAGUUUCACUAGCGUUGUACUCGCUCGUAAUUUUUUACCAUGUGUUUGCUAAAGAGUUGGAACCGCACAAACCCCUUGCCAAGUUCUUAUGCAUCAAAGGGGUUGUCUUCUUUUGCUUUUGGCAGGGAGUUGUGCUUGACGUUCUUGUAGCAUUGGGCAUAAUUCGAUCACAUCAUUUCUGGCUCGAUGUGGAGCAUCUCGAGGAAGCUCUUCAAAAUGCAUUAGUGUGUGUGGAGAUGGUUUUCUUUUCUGCGUUUCAGCAGUAUGCAUACAGCGCUGCACCAUACAGUGAUGACGCUGCUACAACAGUGAAAGACAAGAAGAAAGAGUAAUUUGUAGCUGCGGCUUGAUGUAAGAUGUUUUUAUUUUAUCUGCAUCUGGAUGAUUCAGAAGCAGCGAUGGUGUGAGUUGUAUGCUUUUACGUAUAAUUAAAUAUGGUCUGUAUGUUGUGUAAUCAGAGGGGGGUUCUAUUGGUGAACCUAUAUCUCUGGAUGAUUUGAGUAGCAACAAAAGGCAUCUGGAUGAAACUAUAAUACCUUCCCACGAGUUGUGUACCAUCUUUUGUUUCUCAUGUUCGUUUAUUCUUAGAUUCCUUCUUCAUCUAAUGCUUUUGUUGAUUUUGUA